AUGCCGUACCCUGUGAUGGGAAGCUCCCAGGAUGUUCCCAAUGCGUUCUUACCGGAAGAACAUGUGACGGUUAUCGAAGUGACUGGACUUUUUGGCCAGUCAACUACAUGCAUUGUUGAAUCUUCUCAAAGCUACCACGAUGCUGUUCGCGCAUUACGUGCCAAACUCAGCACAACAGGCUAUUCAUUCGAGAUGAUGCCCGCCAUCAUGUGUCUCACCCUUGUGGAGCUCAUGCUUCCCAAUUCUAUCGUUGCUCUCACGGCGCAUGUCCAGGCAAUCGGCGCUUUAUUCAGAGCCUACGGUCCCGAGUCGCUUGUUUCGGGUGUGCCACACAAGUUGUUUCUUGGAUUCCGGCCAUUACUGAUCACGGAAGCAAUCCGGUCCCGCCGUCUCACCUUCUUAGCUUUACCUUCUUGGAUCACUACGCCAUUCUCCAUAUCGGAACAAACCCCUAUUCAAGAUCUUUUUACUCACGUAGUCAACCUGCCAUUUUUUCUACAGCAAAGUGACCGUCUCUUUGAAUUAUCCAGUCAGACAUGUUUUUCAGAUAUUCAGCCGGCACUUGAGAGGAUAAUUGAAGUUCUGGUGUGCCUCUCGAACUGGGAGAAGCGUUCAAGGCAAGGUCCUGAUACGCUAUUUCCGUGGCCAACUUCAAGUGAAUUGGGAACAGUGAUGAGCUCUGGAUAUUCCAAAGCUCCCAUACAGUUUUCUCACAUCUCCGUUGCAAAUGUUCUCACACACUUAUGGGCCUUUCGCAUUGUCUGCCUGAUGGAGAUCGACAGAAUCGUCUCCAAUUUUCCAGAUAUGUCACAAACCCUCCACGAAACUAUUGACAGGGUCGUCGUCGUUGAGAAUGUUGGCAACGAAAUCGAUGGUUUGGCAAAGUUGAUCUGUUUUAGCAUGGAUUAUCUGCUUCGAGAUGAAAUGAAGUUGUUUGGACCCGCCUCGGCACUAUUUCCUGCUGAGGUUGCGUAUAAAUGGUUCCAAACUAAUAAGAAGCGGUAUCAAGACGGUAACAAGUGCCUUGAGAAUAUUGUUCACCGGUUAGUGCAGAAGGGAUUGCGAUCCGCUUCUAUGUUCAUAUGUGGAGAAAGCUCUAGGUAG